UAUUUUUAUCGAUGGGGGAUCGUAGGAGAUUGGCAAGCCUUCAUCGGCAUCUUACUCCAAGAUGGUGCCAGUCUGUAUGUUCAAGUCCGCUGGACAAGUACAGAGAACUCGCUUCGUUCGACCCUCUGCACAUGAGCUGGUUCGUUGACGGACAGGAUGUCUACGAGUUUAAGCAGCGCGUCUGGUCGACCCUCUCCGACGACCCGCUGUUUAGGAGGCCUGUCGCAGAGCUGACGAUGGACGAGACGCGUAGGCUGGCGUUCAGACAAUUGAAACGAGUCGUGGAGUACGAGUUUUUGACAAGUGCCGAGAUGGUUGCUGAUCCUCUUAAAGCGAGGGCCCUCAACAUAUGCUUGGGUGCCUAUGACUGGAGUGUGGCCAUCAUGUACGGUUUACACGCGACACUUUUCAGGGGGACAAUAUCUGGUUCAGGUACGAAGAGACAUGCGGAGUUUGUAAAAAAGGCACGCAAUUUGGAGAUAAUAGGCUGUUUCUCACUUACUGAACUGAGUCAUGGAAGCAACACAAAGGAUAUGCGUACCACAGCUACCUAUGAACCAGAAACACAGGAGUUUGUUGUGAACACUCCAGAUAUUGAAGCUAUAAAAUGGUGGAUUGGCAAUGCUAGUCAGAUUGCUACACAUACUGUUUUAUUUGCCCAGUUGUACACUCCCAAUGGUGUCUGUCAUGGACUUCACAUGUUCGUUGUGCAGUUGAGGGAUACAAAAAGCCUUGCUCCUCUGCCAGGUGUUCUAGUUGGUGAUUUAGGCAAGAAGUCGGGCUUGAAUGGAUUAGGAAAUGGGUUUAUUGCAUUUGAUCACGUUCGAAUACCAAGAGAAAAUCUUCUCAACAGAUUGGCUGAUGUCAGUCCUGAGGGUUAUUACAUUACAUCUAUUAAGGAUCCCAAGAAACGGUUUGGCCAGUCUCUUGGAAGUUUGUCCGGUGGACGAGUAGGAAUAAUUGGCAUAUGUGUCUAUAAUCUAUGGUGUUCUAUCUCUAUUGCCAUUCGUUACUCGGCCGUUCGUUGUCAGUUUGGUCCUGAGGCUGGUCCAGAAGUUGCAAUAAUUGAGUAUCCACUUCAUCAAUGGCGCCUGUUUCCUUAUCUUGCUUCAGCUUAUGUGUUGGACUACUUUUCUCGGAAGUUGUUUGUUGACUUUUUUGAAUUCAAGAUUGCACAAAUCAUGGGAGAUUCGAAAGAAAGACUUGCUGACUUGGGCCGUGAACUUCAUGCAUUGUCAUGUGCUGGCAAGUCACAUGCAGGAUGGAUUAGCAGAGAUGGCAUACAAGAGUGCCGCGAAGCUUGUGGUGGAAAUGGAUACUUGACUGUAAAUGGGCUUGGAAGGUUACGUGAUGAAAAUGAUCCCAACUUGACAUAUGAGGGGGACAACAAUGUUAUACUCCAACAGACUGGCAACUAUUUGUUAUCUGUGCUUGCUGAUUUCAAGCAGGAAGGAUCUGUUUCCUCUCCACUGCAGACUAUCAAUAUGAUCAAUAACAUGAACGGAAUUUUGAAGGAACGCUUUCAUGCAAAUGACAUCGACUCAUGUUGCCAGCUGAAAACUGUACAAGUCAGUUUCAAGUGGUUAUUUUGUUAUCUUCUCCAGGCCUACAAUUCUAAAAUUGAAGAGAGCUGUCGAAAUGGAAAGGCCUUGUUUUCGGCUCGUAAUGAUAGCCUUGUGUAUUACUGUCGGCCUCUGUCGUUGGCCUAUAUCCAAUGUGUAGUUUUGCAACAUUGGUCUGAUGCUUGCAGCUGUGAUUCUACUCCGCAGUCACUGAAGCCUGUCUUGGUCAAGCUUGGUUGUUUGUAUGGGCUGUGGAGCUUAGAAAAGGAGAUGGCAAUGCUCUAUCAAGGAGGAUUCUGUAAAGGAGAAGAUGGAAAGUUGAUCAAAACUUCUAUUCUGCAUCUGUGUAGUCAGCUGAAAGGAGAGGCAGUAUCGUUAGCUGAUGCUAUUGCACCACCAGAUGCUGUCCUGAAUUCGCCUAUAGGUAGCAGAGACGGACAGGUCUACAAGCGAUUAUACAGUAAAACUGUGACUAGUCCUAAUGCCCUUGGUACACCAAGUUGGUGGCAAGAGAUCAAUGACCAUCCUAUUGCAGGAUCACGUCGGAUACAGAAAGAUGAAUGAUGACAUGGCCUCUGGAAUAUAGCUGAAAACACUAGUACUGUGUGACUUCAUGACUAGUACACAAUGUUUAGGUAAUUUAUUAUUUGAAUUUAUAUCAAGACUGCUUGCGCUGCUCGAUCUAAGUAUUCCUUCAAGACAUUGACAAGCUCGGUGUUUUA